AUGAGGUACACGCUUCUCUCGGACGGCAAACACGUAAGGCCAAUGCUCUGUUUGGCUGCAUGCGAGCUCGUGGGGGGACAAGAGUCAGCCGCAAUGCCCGCUGCGUGUGGGGUUGAGAUGAUCCACGCGUCGUCUCUCAUCCAAGAUGACCUCCCUUGUAUGGAUGACGACAACUUUCGCCGUGGAAAGCCCACAAACCAUAAAGUCUUUGGCGAAGAUAUAGCAGUCUUGACUGCUGAUGCACUCAUAGCUUUGGCUGUCAAGAAAGUGGCCACAUCUACCUCCUUCGGCGUUCCUCCAGAGAAGGUUCUCCAAGCCAUUUUGGAGCUAGCAAAAGCGGUAGGAACGGAAGGGCUCGUUGCGGGUCAAGCGGCGGAUCUGGUCGGAGAAGGGAUGAGCUUUGAUAAGGAAAGCCAAGAAGGAUUGGAACAUCUUGAGUUUAUACAUGUUCAUAAAACGGCGGCGUUGCUUGAAGCUGCUGUGGUGAUGGGAGGUAUAAUGGGAGGUGGGUCUGAUGAAGAGAUCGAGAGACUUCGGAGUUACGCGAGGUGCAUUGGGUUGAUGUUUCAGGUUGUGGAUGAUGUGCUCGACGUGACAAAGUCGUCGGAUGAGCUGGGGAAAACCGCCGGUAAAGAUGUGAUUGCCGGAAAGCUGACGUAUCCGAAGCUGAUGGGAGUGGAGAAGUCGAAGAAAUAUGCAGAGAGGUUGAACAGAGAAGCGAGAGAGCAUCUUCAAGGGUUUGAUUCACAUUAG